AUGACAACUACUCCACUUUUGCAAGCAGAAGAAGAUGUUGAACUUGCCAAUUAUCCUGAUCUACCUAGUUAUGAUGAAGCAUUAAGUAGAUCAAAGACAGAUCAGGGUAAUCCAGGAAAUCAUUUUCGAACGAUUGGCACUGAUUUUGCUAAAGGUACUGCAAACCUGAGUGCUGUUGCUCUUUCUAAUAUCACUGUUCGAUUAGGUAUACUUUUUCUUGGAUUUCUUCGAAAAGUUUUCGGCAUACUGUCUUUUCAGCUGUUGAUCACAGCCAUAUUUUGUACAUCAUUGUAUGUGACACCAGAAGUACGUCUGUUUUUGCAACAGCAAUCAUGGAUAUUAAUCUUAUCUGUAAUGGGUUCGUUCAUUUUACUCUUCGCAAUGUUUAUCAAUGCUCGUAGAACUCCCCUUAACUAUUUUUUGCUGAUUUUAUGGACCAUUGCACAAUCAGUUACUGUUGGUACUGCUGUUUCAUUUUUUGAAGCAAAAAUCGUUAUUCAAGCAGUCAUUCUAACAGCUUUGACUGUGAUCAGCUUGUUUAUAUAUACAUUACAGUCACAAUGUGAUUUCCGAAAGCAUUGGGCUGCGUUGUUUAGUGUUUCUACCGUUUUUCUGAUUGCUUGUCUGGCAAAUGUAAAUAUUUACUCUCUUACAAAGUUGAUUUUUUGA